AUGGCCACGCCUGUACGCGACCCCGUACUUCUGAAACCGUCGAAAAAUGAUGUACCACCACUCCAUCGCGUAGGCAUGCUGGAACUUUUGCACAAAGACUCCCGCCCUACCUUUGUAAUUGACACGAGACCAGAGAAUGCCGACUGUCUGAAUCCAUAUGUAUUGGAUUAUUGGAAUCCGGCCAUGGCCACUGCAAAUCCUGAAGGCCUGUUGCGACUCCUAGGCCGCAAAGUCAUUGCGCAAAACAACCAUGAGGAAGGCUACCUGCCAUUUACCCCAUACCAAAAAUGGUGCCAGGAGCAAGACGCGCCAAAGGUGUCGUUUCCGUACCUUGGGUUCGACUGGACAAAGGUUCAGGUCGCUAGUCGUUGGAACGUCAUCAGCGGUGUCUGCGUUAGUGUGUGCGCGAACAGCGGCAACUCCAACACAAAGGCUCCCACAAAAGAAAUCUCUAACGCAAAGCCAUCGCAUUUUGACUGGACAGACGAAGAAACAUUUCCAGACCGACUGUCUCCUCAUGCGGCAUGGGCGCGCAGUAUCGAUUGGUCCUCUACCCCUCUGGGCCCAAUGCGUUCCUGGUCGUCUGAACUGCGCAGCUUUUGCAACUUGGUCAUGAUGGACCCGCAACCCGCCGUGAUAUUCUAUGGGCCAGACCUCAUCAUGAUAUACAACGAAGCUGAGAUUGGCCUUCUAGGAGGCUUCCAUCCAUGCAUGGGAGAAAGUGCGCGUGUUGCACUUUCCACAGUCUGGGGUGAGUACUUUGAACCAAUUAUUGAAAAGAACCUGGCCGGAGAGACUGUUCAGAAAACUAACACUGCGAUUCACAUGGUACGCAAUGGAUACAUGGAAGAAACGUACUUUUCGUUGAAGUUCAUCCCAAUAUUGGACUCCACAGGUGCUACCGUAGGCCAUUAUGAACCUUUGGUUGAAACAACUAAAGAAGUAGUUACGCAAAGACGCUCACGUACACUUCUGGAAUUGAGUGAAGAGAUUCCGACCGCACGAAACUCCGAUACCUACUGGAACGUUGCUACCGAAGUUUUGUCACGGAACGACAAGGACAUGCCCUUUGUUCUUCUGUACUCUGCCGAUGCUGACACCAGCGGCUCUACAUCAAGUAGGACUCGAUUUUCCGACAAUAAUCAACAGCAUUGCAAACUUCGAGACUCCUUUGGGCUCCCCAAAGGAUCACCAGCCUGUCCAGAGCACUUGGAUUUCCAGCAGGACCAUGGAUUCACACCGUAUUUCCGGCAGGCUCUUGCAGCUCGAAAACCAAUCAUCGUACACUUUGACCAAGAUCCUGUCGCUGCAGAACUUAUUCAUGGUGUCGAAUGGCAGGGGUUUGAAGAUCCUUGCAAAUCAGCGGCUAUCUGUCCCUUGAACCCAACUUCUUCGCGAGAUAAUAUACUUGGGUUCCUAGUUAUGGGACUGAAUCCGCGUAGACCCUUCAAUGACACCUAUUAUCAGUUUAUUUUGGUUGCUAGUCGCUUACUUUCCACAUCUCUUACAUCAAUCUUGCUUCACGAAGAAGACAUUGGACGUCGGGAACAAACGAUAGCCACCGCCGAAGCGAUGAAGUAUCAGCUCAGACAGCAACUGACACAAUCCCAGCUGGAGUCGGAGCGUAAUCUGUCCAAGUUCAGGCGUUUUGCAGAGCGUGCCGACGUUGGUAUUUUUCUUGUCGAUAUGGAUGGAGUUUAUUCGUAUAGAAAUGAUGCCUGGUUUGAGAUGUUGAGCCCAAAGAGUCGCGAUGUCAGUCUUGAAGAAGCGUGGGACGAGAUUGUAGACGAAGACUUUCUUCCUCUAGGACAUGCCAAGUUCAAGAAACUUAUGGAGACCAAAGAGCACCAGUCUUUCGAACUGCGUCUCAAGAAGACCUGGAAUGCACCAAGUCAGGGUCUCGAUGAUACAAUGUCCGAAGAACAGCCUAUGUGGGUCCUGACAUCAAUUUUUCCUGAGCUUAACGACGACGGCGCAGUGAUUGAGUUGAUUGGUUGUUGUACGGAUAUCAGUCAACAGAAGUGGAGUGAGAAGCUCCAAGCUACCCAGGCAGAGAGAGCUCGAGAGUCUAAGCGGAGCUUGGAGAACUUUAUUGACACUACUUCACAUGAGAUGCGCAACCCUCUCUCUGCAAUUGUUCAAUGCGCCGACAGCAUCAUAUCCACUCAUAGGGCUUUUGGCGAGUCACCGGAUUACCAAAAAGUCUAUCGAAACAUCUCGGAAACAACCAUUGACGCCGCCGAAACGAUUGUUCAAUGUUCCAAGCAUAUGAAAACCAUUGUUGAUGAUGUGCUCACCAUAUCCAAACUCGAUUCGGGUUUGUUCGUGAUGACACCAGUCGAUGUCCAACUGGAGUCCAUCGCCAGAGAUGCAGUCAAGAUGUUUGAGGGUGAGGCAAAGUCAGCCGGCGUGGAUUUGCGGUUCCUGAUGGAAGAUUCUUGCGAGAACAGUAACAUUCAAAUGGUUUCGCUCGAUCCAACACGAGUCUUGCAAAUACUCAUCAAUCUCAUUACCAAUGCAAUCAAAUUCACGCGAUUGGAACCCAUACGGAAAAUAUGUGUUAGUCUGGGUGUAACUUUCGAGCGUCCAACCCAUAGUGAACACGGCAAAGUGCCGUUUUCGCGUACGUCGGAAGCUUCAGAGGCGCAGACACUGCAGGCCGAUUGGGAAAAGAGUGAUAUUGUUUACAUCGUAUUCUCUGUGCAAGAUACUGGCCGUGGGCUGAGUGACGAAGAACACCAACUCCUCUUCACCCGCUUCUCCCAAGCAUCGCCACGCACACAUAUUGACUAUGGUGGAUCUGGUCUCGGUCUUUUCAUCUCACGGCGACUAUCCGAGAUGCAUGGUGGCGCAAUCGGCUUCGCCUCUAAACCAAGUGUUGGCAGCACAUUCUCAUUCUACGUAAAGAGCCGCAAGAGUGGUAUUCGUGCCAAUUACAGCCGAAGUGAAAGCGACGCUGCAGUCAGCGUGAGUCUACGCGCACAAGAAACAUUGCUAUCCAGCCGAAAUCGCAACGAAGCCACUGAAAAUACCAAUUCUCACAACACCAAGACCGUCCCAACAGACAUACCGAACAAGGACCUCCAUGUUUUGAUCGUCGAAGACAAUCUCGUCAACCAACGCGUGCUCGCCAAACAGCUUCGCAACACAGGCAUGCACGUCACAGUUGCGAAUCACGGCGGCGAAGCCAUCGAGCAUCUUCACACAACAGACUACUGCGUCUCCGACGGAUCUGGCAAGCCUCUCUCGCUCAUCCUGAUGGACUGGGAAAUGCCCGUCAUGGACGGUCUAACCUGCGUUCGCAAUAUUCGCCAACUACAGAGCAAAGGCGUAGUAAGGGCUCACGUACCAGUCAUUGCCGUGACGGCGAACGUGCGGAGUGAGCAGGUCGAGGUGGCAUUUAAGGCCGGCAUGGACAAUGUUAUUAGCAAGCCGUUUAGGAUACCAGAGCUUUGUGCUUGCAUACAGAAAACACUUAGAGCUACAGCGGGUGCAUAG